UAAAAAAGUGGGAAGUGGGGAAGGGAAAAAAGGUGAAUACAUGUCAAAUAUUUCAAGGCUGCGGUGUGAUGAUUUCAAUUUUAAUAAACGUGAUAAAGAUUGCAACAAAUAAACCAUUUUGACAUACUGUCGGACGGUGCGUCCUUUCGGCAUUUUUAAUGAUUAGUUCGCACAAGAAAAGAUCGACCGCCGAAAGUUCAUAACAAAGGUUGGUCUAUCGGGAAUUAAGAUGGGUUAUUAUUGUACCGUGCCACAAUGCACCUCGCUCGCCGGCAAGACGAAGAACGUGAAGUUCCACCGUUUUCCUCGUGAUGUGAUAAUGGCAGACAAGUGGAAUUUAAUACUAAAACGCGGCAAACCGUACACGAAAUACUCAAAAGUUUGCAGUCUACACUUCACCCAAGCUGACUACAACGUCACAACAAUGGGUCAAUGGAAGACAUUGUCGAAGGACGCGGUUCCGUCGCAGAACCUGCCCAAGUUGAACCCCGACGGCACAGUGAUGGUUAUAAGGAAGAGUCGCACGGUCAAAUACAAGGAGAGCAAAAAGGAUGAUCAAAGCAUCGGUGACAAAGUCGAGAAAUGGUCAAGUAUGAGUCAAACGGCACUGUCGAUGAACGCGGACGGACUGCCGCAGGAACAACAAGACAACAACCUAGUAUAUCGUCUGCAAGCGUUAAACUCGAUAGCAAACAACAUGACACAGCCACAGAGCACACCACAGAAUCAGAUACAGAAUCAAAUGAAACCAAAAAAACAGGACGCGAUAAUGCAAACCGACCCCGUGCUCUCCGAGGAAGACGACAAUCCGCAGACCUACAGCGAGUCAGAGAAGUCUGUGAACCCGGAAAUGGACUACGGUCAGUUCAAAGAAUCGUACGACCCCGAGCUGAAUAAAUACGACAUGCCGAAGGACUUCUCGAAGCUGGCCGACGACUACAUCCCGCAGACGAACGAGGAAUACAACAAGGAGGCCGAGAAAUAUGCCCUCGAAAGGAAAUCCCAUAACAGCUACGACAAAAUCGAUUACCAGAAAUCGGUGCUCGAGAACGGUUACCCUAAAAUACAGGACGUAUACAACGGCUACUUGGAGAAGGAGUACCAGAACCGACCGGACUUCGUGUACCAGAGCCCGUACCAGGAUAGCGUCGAGAUACUCCGGAACCAACAGCACAAUCUGCAGGUAUUGCAGGAACAGCACAGGAUCAACGAGAAUCAGAACUUCUUUAACGAGAAUCAUAUAAAGCAGGAAAUAGAUUUCGGCAACGAAGAGGACAAGUUCAUAUAUGAACAGAAUAAAGAGCAAAUCGACCAAAACGCGAUGUACGACAGUCAAAGGCGAGUCAUCGAACAACAGAGGAUCUUGGAACAGAUACAGCAUCAAGUGAAGCAGGAACCUGAUACUCCCAACAGCUGCGACAACGUGCUGCAGCCGCAGAGCAGCCCGUACUACUCGCCGGGCAGCGCGCGGCCCGGCCCCGAGAUGCUCAUCGCCAAGCAGAACGCACUCGCCGCGCACACGCAGCUCUGGCAAAAUACGAUGAAACGGCCGUUCUUUUACAGCGAGAGUCCGCAUUACAACUCGUCCCAACUCCUGCAUCGAUAUGAGGAUUUAAGCAGAAUCCUACAAUGAUGAGAGACAUUCCAAAGUUGAUGAUGAAAGUAAUAAUAUAAUUGAAUAAAAUUAUUAUAUUGUAAGCGACGAUAAUCUCUCGGUGUUUCUUUUUUUUUUUAAAAAGUUUGUUUAAUUUUUUAUAUACAUAUAUAUUAUGUGUAAAUUGUAAAUAAAUUUUAUUUUAUAUCAUAUAUUGUAUUAUAUGACAUUUAAAGCAAAACAAAUUUUACGGUUAUAUGUUAAUUUUGGCGGCAAUUUUGACAUUGACAAUUUUUUUUUUAAUUAUUUAAUAGCACAGUUGAAAGAUUAUUUUUGUAAUUUAUGUAUUAUUUGCCAUUACACGUAAUAUGUAUUGUAAGCCGAGAUGGCCCAGUGGUAAGAACGCGUGAAUCUUAACCGAUGAUCGUGGGUUCAAACCCGGGCAAGCACCACUGAAUUUUCAUGUGCUUAAUUUGUGAUUAUAAUUCAUCUCGUGCUUUACGGUGAAGGAAAACAUCGUGAGGAAACCUGCAUGUGUCUAAUUUCACUGAAAUUCUGCCACAUGUGAAUUCUACCAACCCGCAUUGGAGCAGCGUGGUGGAAUAAGCUCCAAACCUUCUCCUCAAAAAGAGGAGAGGAGGCCUUUAGCCCAGCAGUGGGACAUUCACAGGCUGUUACGGUUACGGUAAUAUUAUGGCAGCUCAUAAUUGUCACACUUUUUCAGUUAUAUUUUUAUUGUAAUAUUGUAGUACAAAAAAUAUUAUUGUAUUAUUUUAUAUAGUAUAUAAGUGUUUUCAAACGUGCUAUUGAAUAUAUAUAUAUGCAUGAAUUCGACCUGAGUUAGUAAUUAAAAAAAAAGGUUGCUUUAUCGAAUUCGAAUGUAUUUUUUAUGUGACUAAUCAUUUCAUGUGAAAAUUGUUGCCAUUGUUUUACAAGAUUUUAUUUUUUUACAUAUAUAUAUUUCUUAUUUCAAAAAUCUGAUUGUUUUUUAUUUUAUAGGAUUAUGUAUAGAUUUGUUUUAUUAUUAUUUUAUAUAAUUUUAACAUUAUUUAUACAAUAUAAUACAAUAUAGUUACCAUUAAUUUCGAUAUCGCAUUUUUAUACAUCAUUUUCGACACAGCACUCUACGUUUGCGUGAGAAUUUUUUGUAGAUUGCUGUGUCGAUUUCGAUGAAACUAUAUAAUCAAGUGUAAACGGUUAGGAAAGUGAUAUUUUAUCGAAUUUACGUGGCAAUUAUUAAUAAAUGAAAGUGUAGUGUAAGUCUUAAUUUCUUUCGUCACAAUUGGAUAUUAAUAUGUUUUUGAUAAAACUAGACUUAGAUCUUGCCAAAGUUUUUUUUUAACGUUGCACAAGACAUACUCUAGUAUUGAGGAGUGUUAUUUUUUUUUUUAAAGUUGCCUCGGAAUCUGGGAUUUUUAGGAAACUGUCAAAAUGUUUUCGAGCACUCUACGUUUUAAUUGGAAUUUGUACAAAUUUAACAAAUAAAUGUAAAACGACCGCCUCUUGUGUAAAGAUAUGAUUUGAAUUUUGUCGGUUAAAUGUUUGGGAAUAUUUCGUAUGUGUUGAAUAUUGCUUGAUUUUGUUAUUGGAACGAACUGUAAGGGUACGUUCACACAGCGGUCGCGUGCUGUCAGACUGGUUUACCAACGUUCCUGUAAGGACAACCUGUGUGAAUGUGCCCUAAUGUCUUAUACAAAUUGUAAUGUCAGCAUUCCCUUUAAUAGCGACUAGCGUGCGUGUGACAGGCGACGUCGUCUAUUUUGUUUUAUAUGACAAUUUAUAUAUAUUUGGAAAUCAAUUUCGUAAAUCGACGUCGUUGAUAUACAAACGUUAUUAUAGAUGUGUGUUAUAUGGUCUGUGACGUCGGCUCGUUCGCGCGCGAAAUCAUAUGAAAAUAUAUAUUUUUUUUAUUUUACAUUUAAAGAAAUAUACGGCUCUUGUAUGUUAUAUUAAGGAACUAGAUUUUUCUUUUUUGGUGCUCUUUUAAAUAUUAUAUUUUUUUUCGAAUUGUUCUUGCAUUUUAAUACGACCGUAUGAGUACAAUUUUGUUUUUGUUUUUUUUUUUUUUUAAUAAUAAUUUGUAUUUGUGACGCACACGUAGAUGAAACGCUAGUUUUAUGUCGAAAUUUUUUUUGUUAGUGUUAAAAAAUUAUUUACUUAGUAUUUAAGAUUAGAUCGCGGGAGGAAGGGGGGGAGCGCGCGCAAUUUUUGUUUUUUUUUUUCGGACUUUUGAUAUCAAAAUUGUGAUGUAUAAAUCGGAUAUUUAUAUGAGAGUAAUUAUAAAAAAAAGAUUAUAUUUUUUAUCUGUGCGCUCUUUUAGACCAAAGCUGUGAAUUAAUGUAAAGGAAGUUAAGAGAACUUCGAUUGUAUAGUUUUACUCGAUCGAAGGAAUCGUUCACUCGCGAUACAAAUUUAUAAUGAAUACUUAAAUAAGGUGUUCGUAGGCAAACCGCGGCCGUUUUGAGGCGACUCUGUUCAGUCGAAUGUUUGUUGGUUGUAAUAUUACAAGUAAGUCGGUCACACGUGGUCCGAACGAAAUGACUCGUAACUACGUUGGUACAUAAAUGACUCGAGCGUGUACGGUCAACACGAACAUUUCUUUGAUGUGUAACAAAACGCCGACAAGCGUUUCCAUGUGUAUUUGCUUUAUAUGCCAUGUUUGUGAUGUAAAGCAUAUAUAUAUGCUCUAUCGUCUCCGCACAACAGAUUCAAUAACGCCAAGCGGAGUGUCGCUAUAAGACACAACGGAAACAGUGUUGUUUUGUUGUUGUUUUCAACUCAAAUUAUUUAAAAUCAUGUCUUACUAUACUAGACUUAUAUCUAAAUAAAAAUCAUACAAAAUAAAUAUUUACACAAUUGAAUGAUAGAAGUCACGUUUGUGAUAAUCGUUUGCCUGCGAACACCAAUUUGUUAUAUAAUAUAUUUUUAAUUGCAAAAGUGAAACUAUACGAUCGAAUACCCAUUAUAGUGUUUUUUGUGAAUGUCCCAAAAACGUUUUGUUUUUAAUUUCGUUGUUAUGAUGUCCUCGUGACGCGUCAAUGGUACUUAAACGUGUUGUACUGUAAAGCGAUAUUGUAUGGGCGCGUGUUUUUGGAAUUUUCACAAAGAAAAAUGAAUACAACAAAUUUUUAGUGUUUAAGGAAGAGUUAAUUGCUAGAAACAACAUUUUGUUUAUAUAUUUUUUACAGCAGUGGCCAUUUCAAAUAAAAUAAGUGGAAAAUCA